AUGCAUGCGCCGCUAUGGAUCGCAGCCUGCAACAGGAGAGGCAUUGCAAUCACUGCCGACGUUGCACAGCCUACGGUGCGCGCGUAUCGGGCUGAGCAGGGGCAGCCUCCUCCUCCCUCGGCCGCCAACAGCCCCCACCUUCCAUUCUCAAAAAGCACCUUCGUCGAUGCUAUCUGCGCGUGGAUUGCAGGCAACGACCAGAGCAUCAAUGUCAUCGACAACCCGCUGUUACGGAACAUAUUCCUUCUCCUACGCAAGGAGCUGCAGGACGCGGACAUACCGAGACGCGCUAGGGUGCGGGAUCGCAUAAUGGAGCUCUACAAAGAGCGCCUGGCUGCAGAAAUCGAGGUACGUCUGCGCCACCGCCCUUGA